AUGGCUAUCGACGAGCCCAUCGCGGUUGUCGGCAUCGGAUGUCGCUUCCCCGGGGGCAUCACCACGAUGGCGGAGUUCUGGGAAACCCUUUACCGCGGAAUUGACAAGGUUUCUGAAGUUCCACCAGACCGGUUCGAUGCGGCCUCGCUGCAUGAUAAAGACCGGCGGAAGUAUGGGGCGAUCCGAAGCGUCCGGGGUGGUUUCGUGCCUGACGUGCACUCAUUUGAUGCCGAAUUUUUUGGCUUGUACCCAGUCGAGGCAUCCAAUAUGGACCCGCAGCAACGACUGGUUCUAGAAGCGAGUGUUCAUGCGCUGGAGGACUCAGGUACCCCGCUGGAACAAGUGUCUGGAUCCCGGACCGGGGUGUUCCUGGGUUCAUUCGCCUAUGACUAUAUGUGCAUGCAGUCGUCCACCGCGCAAAGCGACAAUUCUAGUCGCCAUUUAUCCAUGGGCACUUCAGUCUGUUCAAUCUCAAAUCGGGUGUCACACCGGCUGGACCUCCAUGGCCCAAGCAUUACUUUAGAUACGGCCUGUUCGAGCAGUCUGGCAGCGUUGCAUCUAGCAUGCCAAAGUCUGAGGACUCACGAAAGUGAGGCGGCUCUGGCGGGCGGUGUAAACACCAUCCUGCGACCUGGUCCCACAAUUGCGCUGUCCAAGGCUGGCUUUCUCUCUCCGGAUGGUUCUUGCAAGUCUUUUGACGCAGGUGCCAAUGGUUAUGUGCGCAGCGAAGGUGUGGGGAUUGUUUUCCUGAAACCGCUAAGCCGAGCACUCCGAGACGAGGAUAGAAUCUAUGCCUGCAUCCGCGGAUCCCUUGUAAACCAAGAUGGGUAUACCCCAGAAGGCUACACUGUUCCAAGCCUAUUUGCUCAGGCGCAGUUAUUGCGGUCGGUGUAUGCAAAAUGCAACGUAGACCCAGCCCAUCUUCAAUAUGUGGAAGCGCACGGGACUGGAACAGCGAUUGGCGAUCCAGUCGAGGCCGGUGCCCUUGGCCAACAGCUGGGCCAGGCGCGUUCUCCAGGUGACGAGCCACUUUGGAUCGGAUCCGUCAAAGGCAACUUCGGUCACCUGGAGGGGGCCGCGGGGAUCGCCGGAUUUAUCAAAGCGUCAAUGGUGACCUUCCACGGCGAGAUUCCCCCCCAAGUUCACUACAACAUUCCCAAUCCUGCAAUCGAUUUCGAAUCUCUCCACCUUCAGGUACCAACGCUGACCGUCCCUUUGACUCGGAGUCGGAAGCGAUUGGUGGGUGUCAACUCGUUUGGGGCCGGGGGGACUAAUGUUCAUGCCAUCCUGGAGGAGGCCCCCGACGUGGCCUCUUCUGUCUCCUACCCAACUAGCCAUCAGGCACGCAUUUUCGUUUUAUCAGCGAGAUCGCCGUCUGCCCUGACUCAGGCUGCUGAGGAACUGGCUUCUCACUUGCGCCGCCAGCCGCAAGCGCCGAGGGAUGUCGCAUAUACUCUUAGUAUGCGCCGGAGCCGGCACGCCCACACAUUAGUCGUUCCGGCCGCCACGCUGGAGGAACUAGUCAUCCAACUCGAUCAACAGGGAUCUGGCCAGAUAUCCGGAGAAAGCCUGAUAAUACAGCGGCAACCGGGCACAUCCCCAAACACUGCUUUUCUGUUCUCAGGACAAGGUGGCCAGUGGCUCCGUAUGGGAAUGGCCCUGGUACAGGAAGAGCCCGUAUUCCGUGAAUCAUUAGACGCCUUUGAUGGAAUUUUUACCCCACUGGCAGGGUUUUCCAUUCAGGCAGAAAUAGAUGUCAACGAUCAGUCGAGGCUCAAUAGUACCAUUGUAGCCCAGCCAGCAAUUAUGGCGAUCCAAGUCGCAUUGGCAAGAGUGCUUAUCUCAUAUGGCAUCAUACCAGGUGCUGUCGUCGGUCAUUCUGUUGGUGAAAUUGCAGCCGCCCAUAUAGCGGGUGCCCUGACCCUAGAGGAAGCCAUCACAUGGGUCUAUUAUCGGUCGCAGAUCCAGAGCAGAGCUGCCGGCCUUGGGACGAUGCUAGCAGUCGGGAUCUCGUCGGCGGAGGCCAAGCAGCUAAUUCGGCGGCUCCAUGCAGCUGCCGAUGUGGAGAUAGCAGCCUACAACGGUCCGAAAUUGACUACUCUGACUGGUGGCACCGAGCACCUCAAGCGUCUCGCUGACGAUCUGGAGAAACAAGGCAUAUUCGCACGCUUUGUCAACGUAGACACCCCUUAUCACAGCCACUAUAUGGAUCCUCUGGAAAAUGACAUUGUUCUUGCUUUGUCCUCAGUCCAAGGGAAGCAAACUAAUAUCCCCCUGUACUCGACAGUCAGCAAGUCCGUUGAGCCUGGGACCCAUCUGACGGGGAAUUACUGGUUUGAAAACAUCCGGAAGCCAGUACAAUAUGUUGAGACCGCGACUCGAAUGCUCGCAGACGGCUUCAAUUUCCUUGUCGAGAUUGGGCCACACCCGAUCUUGGUUUCCGGUACCCGGGCUAUUGCAGAUUCAGCGAAGAAGUUGGCUUAUGUGUUCCCAUCGAUGGUCCGUGGUAGUGAGGUUCGGCCGGUCUCACGCCUCAUCGGUGCUGCGUAUGGCAUCGGAGUCGAUGUGGACAUCUCCUCGUACAACGGUGGGCGUGGUCGGUUUGUUGAUCUUCCACUGUAUCCCUUUCAACGGCAGCCCUAUUGGCACGAACAUCCAGAGGAUCGGCGGACUCGACUUCGGAAAAAGCAGCACCCAUUCCUUAGAGACUCCAUGGAAUUAACAGACGAUGGGCGUUGUACAAUGCGACUCAGGCUCAGCACUGGUGUUUCCCCCUUUCUAACUGACCAUGUAGUUGAUGGCUCAAUAGUAUUCCCUAUGACAGGGCAUGUUGAAGUUGCCUAUCUGGCCGCAAAGGAGCAUGUGCCGCAAUCUCCUGUCUGGCUAGAGGAUUUACGAUUCGAGAAUCCGCUGAUUUUAUCGCAGGCCGAAGAUUAUGCUCCGCAGGCCUUGCUUGAGUUUACAUCGGCGGCCAAAGACUAUGUUAUCAGUGCCCGUCCAGCCAGUUCAGAUCCAGCGACCCCCUGGCAGGUGUGCUCUCGUGGACGUAUUAAUAUAUUCGAUAAGCCACCUCCGAUCGAUCUUGAAGCACUGAACAGCGUCAAGUCUCGAAUGCAGGCAGGGACAGUGAUUGACAUAGAUAGCUUUUACCAGAAACUUGAAGAAUCAGGUAUUCGGUACGGUGAGACAUUCAGAGGCAUCCAGCAAAUGUGGCGUCUUGGAAAAGAAGUCUUCGCUCUGGUGAAGCUACCCAGUCCAGCGGAUGAAGAAGCAGCGCGCUUUCACUUCCACCCUGCUUUGUUAGACGCCUGCUUCCAAACCAGUUUUGCGUAUUCACAUUACUAUGUUGACCCCAGCUACAUCUUUCUGCCGUAUGCGGCAGAACAAAUACACUUGUUGGAAGCAGAGAGCGCCACAACCGUCUUUGCGCGUGCGCAGGUAGUUCAUCACGACAACAUGUUCAUACGCGUCGAUGGCUCAGUCUAUAGCGAGGACGGCCGCAGCCUUGCCGUGGUGAAAAACCUAACCCUAAAACGUCUGGAGGGGAAGUAUCUAGCCAAAUCCACGAAUUACUCCGUCUGUUUUUGUCCUGAAACAAAGGAUGACCCAGGCAAAAGAAUGGAAGUGGAUUACCAGAAUGUCUUGAUCCUCAGACCGAGAGCCGGCGAUUCCCACUGGUCAUCGACUGCUAUCCGUCAAGCCUUUCCUCGCGCACAAACACAUGACAUAGACCCGAAGUCAGCCAAAGCCUCUUGGAGGCCUGCAGAGUGGGGGUUUCAAUUGGACCGCCGAACUCUCUUUGUCGUGCCAGCAUUCGUCUCGAUAUUACGUAGCGGAGAUCACCACGAGGCAUUGGAGGCGGUCAUUCGUGGGCUCGUGCUUGUUGCAUCCUGGAACCACGACCAGCACGGCACUGCCGCGGUUGUGAUACUCACCGAGGGGGCUUGCGUGACACUUGUUGAUAAGCAAUGUGACCCUCUCUCCGCCUCCAUAGAAGCCGCAGUGCGGGUCAUGGCGAACGAGAUGCCACAAUCACGUCCACGGCUAGUCGAUCUUCCUCUCGAUUCAGGUCACCAACCGCAGGCCGUCCUGGCCUUACUGGAGGCAGAGCUGCGCACCACCCGACUUGGCCGCCAUGAGACGGUGGUGGCAAUACGGUCCGAAGGCCGGUUCUUCAGACGGAUCCUGCCCAUUGACCCGGAUGAUGAGGAAAAGCAAAAUAUUAGGAUGCUCCCUGCUAGAGGAGGAAACUAUCUUGCCGAACCUGUUCCCAGUGGGACUCUGGAGGACGUCCUCCUUCGGCAGCAACCACCCCCAAACUUGGGUGUGGAAGAUGUGGGCAUCGAGGUGUAUGCGGCUGGUCUAAACUACAAGAUGUGCUAA